AUGGUCAGCGGCGACAAUCUCGUGUCUAUUGUCGGCCGUCUCAUGAGACAACUCAAGCUGUCUUCAGGAGAUCGCAGGGCUACGAAUCAUUCGGGGCCAAGCUCCGAGGAUUCAGACGACGAAAACUUUGAGAGGACAGUUGAUUCCGCUCCAAAAUCAGCGAGCCAAUCCCCGCCGCUUCCAGAUGAUUACAAGGUCGAUGUGAUCAACAGAAUACUAAAUAUGUGUUCUCAAAAUAAUUACGGCUUCUUAACAGAUUUCGAGUGGUAUAUUGAUAUACUGACGCAGCUUGUUCGGACUGCUCUGUUACCACGACCUGCAGACGAUGUGGACUUACUUUCUGCACCUGGGAGGUCGAGCAGCGGUGAUAUAUCUGAGAAAAUAGGGAACGAAUUACGGAAUAUUGCUGUCAAGGUCCAGGCGCUUCGUCCCGCGUGCGUUCGCGCCGCUGAGUCGAUUAUAUCUCAACUAAAUAGCGAGACUAGAAUUGGGCGCACGAUUGCUUCGGGGACAUUGAAACCAGCUGCUUGGAUUCUCGGUGAAUUUUGUUCAGAAUUAUCUUCCCCAGACGAUAUUCUUGGAGCACUGUUGCAACUAUCCCGGGGGACUUCACCACCAGAGUCUCUUGCAGCCUGCCUUCAAGCGGCCAUGAAAAUUUUCUCGUUGGUUGCCGGAGACCAAUUAACCCCUUGGACACCUGAGCGCAAAUCCAAGAUCUCGCUCCUGAUGGCUCGCAUUAUUCAUUCCUUCGAGACUUUAGUACAGCAUCCAAACCUGGAGGUUCAAGAACGAGCAGUAGAGUUCAUAGAACUGCUAAAACUUACUGCGGAAGCGGCAUCUAGUCAGGAAGCUUCGACAGAAACCGUCCACCAAGAUCCUCCUUUGCUACUCACCCAAGCAAUACCCUCCCUUUUUGCUGGUUGGGAAUUAAAUUCGGUUGCUCAAACAGCCCAGAAGAAUGUCCCAUUUCCAGAAGGGUUAGACCUUGACGAACCUAUAAAUCCAAACCUCAACUUCUUACUCGCAUCUGCUGAUUCAAUAUCAAUACCAGUCGACGAGUCAGAUGAGUUUGAGAGUUAUUAUUAUCAACGACCGCCCGCGACGAGUAUAGCCUCCGAGCCAGCAAUCAACAAGCUGGCAGAUGCUCGCGAGGACACUGCCAGCUCUUACCAGCAGCCUACCGAGGAGACCUAUUUGGAUGCAGAUAUAUUAGCCAAAAGAAAGGCCGAGCGUCUGGAAAGGAACCGAGAUGAUCCAUUCUAUAUCGGAGAAAUCAAUUCUAUUCAGAGAUCAUCAACGCCGAUACAUAAUAUACUCCAAAAUUCGAAUGGUCCUGACUUAGAUGUCGACUCGAUUCCUAUCAUGGAACUUGACCUCGAUAAACUUAGCGCAGGCGUCGAUCAUUCCCGACAUGUAGCGUCCAAACCAGCCCGCCGUCCGCCGCGGCAGAAGAUCGUUGUUGCCGCAGAUGAAAAUCUAGGUAGCAGUGGCUUAAGCACGCCAAAGAACUACGACUCCGAAAAUAAUUCGGACACCGCUGCCAAGGCCCGAGCCGGUAGCAAGAAGCUCAAGCAAUCGCUUCUCGGUGUCGACUCUACCAGCAUCGGCGCGCUCAGCCUCGAAGAUGACCCGGCCGGUCGCGCCUACGAUCCCGAGGCCCAGCAGCGCGAGGAAGCUGAGAUGGCGCAGGCCAUGAAGGAAGUCGAGCGUCUACGCCUCGAGAUGCAGCGCGCAAAUGAGCGCAUACAAGUCGCCCAGGGCGUCGAUGCCGCUGGCACCGUCGUUAAGAAGAAGAAGGCCAAGAAGCCGAAGACGACGGAUCCUGACGGCGAAGGGGAUUCCACGGUCAAGGUCAAGAAGAAAAGAAGAAGGUCACACCUAUAG